AUGGCUGAUAGAGUGGUUGAUUGCCUGGAACUUGAGAAGGAUAUACUUGAAUUGAUAUUGAUGAGAUUAAGGGUUAUUGUUGAUUUCAUCAACUUUGGUGCUGUAUGUAAGACAUGGCGCUCUGUCUUUUUAGAAAAUCGUCACCGUCUAUCUCAUCUCCGCCACAUCCUUAUAAUUCCCAGUAACGAAAAGAAAGAAUUUCAGGACUUCUUCAGACUCUCAAAGAAGCAUUUCUUGACCCAUCGACUCGAGGAAAAUGGUAAAUGGUGCGUUGGAUCUUCAGAGGACUGCCUUAUAAUGAUAGACUUCCUACUCAACAUCUCCCUUGUGAAUCCUUUUACCAAAACUGAGACGCCCCUUCCCCGCCUUACCUCCUUAUCUGACAUCUUUAGCAUCCGUGAGACGGGCACUGGUACCAUUGAGUACACACGCAACAUGCGAGCCCCCAUUCCUGGGACCUGCACCUUAUUCCACUUUACGCCUAAGGCGUAUGUGCAGAAGGCCGUCAUGGCUGGACCCUACGUGUUUGCCAUUCUCGGCUACAACUAUGUGAUAGGCUUUUGCAGGCGAGACAGUUACACGUGGACCCACGUGGGGGAUGUUUUAUUCCCGCUUGGUUUCGACGACCUUGUCUGCUAUAACGGCAACUUCUAUGCCGUUGAUAAAUAUGGGCAUGUUGUGGUUGUUGACGUGAGUGGGCCUCACCCCACCAUAACGAAGGUCGCUACAGCUAUUGGUGGAGGCAUUGAGUCGUGUAAGAAGUAUCUAGUAGAAUCUUAUGGAGAAUUGCUAAUGGUUGGGAGGAGAAUCGAUAAAAUGAAGUACCCUCGGUGGACUUACGGCUUUUUGAUUUUAAGGGUGGAUCUGAAUAAACACGUGUGUUUCCCUUUAGAAGCUUUGGGAGAUCGUAUGCUGUUUUUGGGGGAGAAUCAGUCAAUGUCUCUCUUUACUCGGGACUUCCCCGGAUGUGAAAGGAACUGCAUUUAUUUUAUCGAUGAACAUGAAACGGUUAAGCCAUAUUAUAUCCUUGACGGCUACCUUCGUGUAUACAAUCUAGAGUUUGGGAGCAUAAAGCCACUCUACAAGAGGGAUUGGAACUGGAACUGGCUGUCGCAAUGGCCCAUCUGUUUCACACCCAAACCUUGGUAA